CCUCGGAAUGGCACUGGGCGGAAUAGGCUCGCUUGCCGGGCCGGCAUAUACCUGGAAUUACCACGCGAAACGGCCGUGGUCUUCAAGGUUCCCCCGAAAAGAGUCAGCACGGAACAGGUUUGCCAGGCGGUCGCAAUCCUACAAGUGCCCUCGGAAUGAACUGGACGGAAUGGGCUCGAUGCACGGUUAUGGCCCUGCCAGCUUCCUCGGAACGUCGCUGCAUGAAUCAGACUUGGCGGACGGUUGCCACCCUGCAAGUGACCUCGAAACCUCGGAUAAAAUGCUUCCCGAACACGUCCAAUCAAGAUAUCAACCGAAUCCGCUCAACGAUCCUGGUUCUUGCCACCACGAACGGCCAUGACUCUAGAGAAGGUUCGCCGGGAGUCGCCAACUUUCAAGUGCCAUCUGAACGACGCUGUACGGAACAAGCUCGAUGGACGGUCGUGGCCCUGCAAGCUCCAUCGGAAUGACGCUGGAUGAAUCAGGAUCGCCGGACGGUCGCCGCCGCUCCUGCUUUUCAAGUUCCGGUUUCCGGU